AUGACCACAAGAGAUCCAGCACUGAGGGUCAAGGAGGAUCUCAAGGGCAGCCGCACAGGCCGUUGGGCCCGCUGGCUCGACACCCAUAUCGGUCUCGGCACCUCACUACCUCUUUCCCGGAAUGUAUCGAUUUACGCCCACGUCCUGGAUGCCUCCGUCGACGCCCUGACCAUUCGAUCUGACCGAGGCGUCCAGGAGUGCGAAAAGGCCGUUAUCAUGUCCCUCGGUCCCAGCCUCAACUCGGCGAGCGGAGGCAAGUUCAACUUUGUCUCCGGUACCCACCCCAGCGUCAAGCUCAAUCCCGGGUGGACUUUCGUCGAUUACCCGGCCAACCAGCCCAGGACCGCUGAGCUGAAUGCCAAAGCCGCGUCCCUCAUGCGGGACGACUUGCGUAUUCAGAGCACGGACAGGACCCCGCGGUCCAAGGGCCGUCAAGGCCAGAUGACUCAGGCGGCUCAAGCGAGCACGGUUGCUGCGCUGGCAUGCGUCCGUACCAUCGACAGCCCAGGAACGCCGGUCCUUUCCGCAUGCAUCGCGUCGGAUAUCACCGUCGAAGCAUUCAAUGCCAAACCCGGGGAGAAGUUGGGGUUCUAUGACCAGCAUACUGCAAUGGCGUCAAUCUUCGACGACCGGCCGGACACACGCGAACGGCUCAAUAUUUUUCUCUCCGGGGACAAGCAGUUUGAUGCCAUCCAGCUCGUCGACCUGGUCCAAGUCGCCUUUGUCGAGCUGGAUUGGGAUUGCUGCUGGAACGAGAACUGGCAGCGACUCGCUGGUCAACCGGUGAUCGUCAUGUACGGGCCCAUACACAAGCGACGAUACUCCCUCAUGAUACCCUCGUAUCAUGCUGGCAUACUCAAGUAUGACAGCUCCGUCGCGCUCGAGCUCGAAGCCAUCCUCGUAAUCAUCGCUCGCAUUGCCGCCUCGGCGGAAGAAGCCGAUCUCACCAAGGCCAAGUCCAUGGAAUGGCCCAGGGAGGAAGACGCUCUCCGGUCAUGCCUUAUCGAUCUUCGCCAGCACGUCGAGGCCGAGCUGAAGAGUGCCGGACUCGACAAGGAACUUCGGGAUGCCAUGCAGGUAUACUCUGCCUUGCGCCGAGACUCAAAUGAGCCGCGGAGGAGAGCAGACGGUCUGGAAGCGGAGCGGAGGAAGAAGGAUCAUGCGGUAGCUGCAGAUAACGCAGCUGGCUCGGGAAGCGCCAAGCAAGGUGGAGGAGGGGCCGAUGCAGGCAACAAGGGCGACGAGAGCGAGGAGCCAUUCCAGGUGUCUGCCCCGAACGUCGAGCUGGAUCUUGGUGCUGAUACGCCUAUUUCCACUGGUAUCGCCCUAGAGCGAUCAACAAACUUCCGCUCGUCCGCUACAUUCCGCAUUACCCAUGGUAUAUACGCACUUGGCGACAAGCAGUUACCCACCCGCCGAGCUCAGUACAAUUCGCUAGGAGAGCUACUCGUACGGCUGGAAGAGGAGGGCGUCAACGGGAUCUCUGGCCAGAGUCCUCCCUUUCCUCCCGAUUUCGACGCGUCGGCGAGGGAGCAGUGGUUGAUGGCGCUCCCCAAGGGCACGCACCUGUUCCGCGCAGCCGCCACGGCUGUGAGCCAUCCAGCUCGUGGGCUUACAGGUGAUGCGGGUACGGCUUAUGCCCAUGAGCAUCUUGGUCUAUGGUCCAACGCGGGUCACAAACGUAAUCUGGAGAAUUGGACAUCUACUCGGACCAUCGGAGCGGCGUUCCAGGAGCUCGCAAGCCCGGCGUACUUCGCAACGGCAACGUCCAAGACGUUGCACAAGAUACGGCGGUGCCUCGAUUGUUCGCAGCCGGCGAUCACGGAUCAGAACGGACAGCAUCGGAACUGCACGCUGGACGGGGCAUCGCGGACUAGCCAGCGUGGCUAUCGGCGGCUCAGGUUCGCGCACGAGCUUCUGAACGAGCCAUACGUCACCUCGACGGUGCCAGAUAUCGCCGAAUUCUUAGACGAUCUCGGUCUCGAGCUCGGGUCUAGCGCGGACAUACUCGUUGAAUACCAUCACCUCCUUGCCGACCUCCCCUUCAUCCCAUCCGUGGCCGAGCUCCAACCCGCAACCCUCGAUAUACCUCCUAUCGUCCGGUAUAAAAAAGCUUCCAAGAAUCAUCCUCAGCAACUCUGGGCCGCCACGGUAGACCGACUACUCUCCGUCCGCCCCGGCGUCGAUGGAGUCCGUACAGAUCAGCCUCGCAUGCUGAACCCGGAGGAGGAGGAGUUGCAGCCUCUAUGGAACGCUGUGGUGAAGAGGGGUAGUGAUUGGGUGAUACCAGGGUGGACUGCCUCGGUGGCGAAGGGAUGCAGAGCCAAACCGUCUUUUACUCCACAACGCGAGUGCUGUGCCCUCGUUGCUGAAGGUUGGGUUCCAGGAGCCACUAGUUCGCUCACCCUUCUAUACUCCGUCGCCCACGCCCAUUAA